CGUGCGUAGAGUUGAUUCACCCUGUAUUCCUGUGUUCAAACCCUGCUGCCACGCCUGAUAUUUGCCUGCACACCCCACAAACCCCUUAGACUCCCCUUCCCACACCCUACCAGUCCACACGCCCUAUCACUCGUACUCGCAUCUGCCGCACGUCAUUGGUCGAGUUUGAAAGGGAAGAACCCCUCGACAGCUCUACACCACAACACCCGACCACCCCACCUACACCAAACCCGUCGCCCCGCAAUCAUGGAUACCAACAUGGAAGACGUCAAGAUGCCCGAGCCCAUGCAGCUGUCGUCUGCCCCCACGUCUGAGCCGACCACAAUUCCCACCCUCGAUGGCUGGAUUGAGAGCCUUAUGAGCUGCAAGCAGCUGGCAGAGAGCGACGUGCAGAGACUAUGCGACAAGGCCCGCGAAGUACUCCAGGAUGAGUCGAACGUGCAGCCAGUGAAAUGCCCCGUCACAGUAUGCGGUGACAUACAUGGCCAGUUCCAUGACCUGAUGGAACUUUUCAAGAUUGGUGGUCCCAACCCAGACACGAACUAUCUCUUCAUGGGCGACUACGUCGACCGUGGCUACUUUUCCGUUGAGACUGUGACUCUCUUGGUUGCACUCAAGAUUCGAUACCCUCAGCGUAUCACCAUCCUCCGUGGUAACCACGAAUCUCGUCAAAUUACCCAAGUAUACGGCUUCUACGACGAGUGCCUCCGCAAGUACGGCAACGCCAAUGUUUGGAAAUACUUUACAGACUUGUUUGACUACCUGCCCCUUACCGCCUUGAUCGACAACCAGAUCUUCUGUCUCCACGGCGGUCUCUCACCCAGUAUCGACACGCUCGACAACAUCAGGGCGCUUGACCGUAUACAAGAGGUGCCUCACGAGGGCCCAAUGUGCGAUUUGCUUUGGUCCGACCCAGACGACAGGUGCGGUUGGGGAAUAUCACCUCGUGGUGCCGGAUACACUUUUGGACAGGACAUCUCGGAGGCAUUCAAUCACAACAACGGCCUGACGCUCGUGGCACGUGCUCAUCAGCUUGUCAUGGAGGGAUACAACUGGUCGCAAGAUAGGAACGUUGUGACUAUAUUCUCAGCACCAAACUACUGUUACAGAUGCGGUAACCAGGCCGCAAUCAUGGAGAUUGACGAGCACCUGAAAUACACCUUCUUGCAGUUCGAUCCUUGCCCACGAGCGGGCGAGCCCAUGGUAUCACGAAGGACUCCGGACUACUUCCUCUAAACGAACCCAUCUGGGGCUCGUGCUUGCAAAUCUGAAGACGGUCGCACUUGGACAUGAUCCCCAAAUACACUGUGUACGACUGCGUUUCUGUUGACAAAGGCUGUCCCUGGCUCCGAUGCAAGUGCAUGACAUCACCAUGUCCCGUCUGCGAUAGGACUAUGCGGUGUCUACGGGGAAGCUGAAGCAGCCACGCUCGAGUCGCCUGGAGUGCCCGCCGUACAAUACCUUUAGUUGUGCCCUUAUCGGUGCAGAGCUAACCAAUAAUGAAACCUGAUUGCGCUUCCUACAUCUGUCAAUUGCAUUUGAGCGUCGUUGUCUUUGUUAUUCUGCCUUGCCAGCUUCAGUUGGUCCUUUUUUGUCGAUGCUUCGUGAUUGUUCAACUCUAUCCUCUGUAUACAACGGCAAUAUUAGCCUUUAAGAGCAGAAGCUGUGUACUAAGAAGUGAACCAGAAGGGCCGAUUUUAACCCGUAUGAGCAAACGUACCGACGAUCCAGCGCA